AUGGCUGAGAUCCGCCGCAAGCUUGUCAUCGUGGGUGACGGUGCCUGCGGUAAGACUUGUCUUCUCAUCGUCUUCUCCAAGGGUACCUUCCCUGAGGUGUACGUCCCCACUGUCUUCGAGAACUACGUCGCCGAUGUCGAGGUCGACGGAAAGCACGUCGAGCUUGCUCUUUGGGAUACCGCUGGUCAGGAGGACUAUGACCGUCUCCGUCCUCUCUCCUACCCUGACUCCCAUGUCAUCCUGAUCUGCUUCGCUGUCGACUCUCCCGACUCCCUUGAUAACGUUCAGGAGAAGUGGAUCUCCGAGGUUCUUCACUUCUGCCAGGGCCUUCCCAUCAUCCUUGUUGGCUGCAAGAAGGAUCUCCGUCACGACCCUAAGACCAUCGAGGAGCUGCACAAGACCUCUCAGAAGCCGGUUACCCCCGAGCAGGGUGAGGAAGUCCGCAAGAAGAUCGGAGCAUACAAGUACCUCGAGUGCUCUGCCCGUACCAACGACGGUGUUCGCGAGGUCUUCGAGGCCGCCACCCGCGCUGCGCUGCUCACUAAGGCUCACAAGAAGAAGUCUAAGUGCAGCAUCCUGUAA